GAAAGCGCCACGUGCAAGGGACCUCCCCUUGGCGCCUCUCGGUGCCUCCCCCAGGAGAGGCCCUCGCUGCCUCCUCCCCACCUCCUGGACUCUGCGGCCGGCCUGACACUCACACGCCGGCGUCACUGCGCGGACCCCCCAGCUGGCACCAGCCUGCGUUGCACAGAGCGGCGGCUGCAGCCUGCCGGGCUCCCUCCCAGCCCGCGCCUCCUUCCUCCCCCUCCCUCCCUCCCCCGACUUUGCAGCGCUAGAUCCAUGGGGGCUUGUCCAACUCGUGCACAGUGCGGCGGGGAGCAGCAGGACCGGCUCCUGCUCCGCCUGCGUCUCUGCCUCUGACAGCCUGCGGCUCUCCGAGAGGAGGCGCGUUGCUAGCUCCGCCGGAUCCCCUUGCGCUGCCCGGUUUCCAGGAGGAGCCGCAGGGAGCCGCGGGGAAGAAACUUUGGAGAGCUGCUUCCCUGUGCGCUCCUUUUCGGAGAGAACUGCCACCAGAAAACGCUUCGCCAGCACCAAAUGGAUUAUCUCUGUGUCAUGCUGUCUUGCUUGUUUCCUCUCAACUACUGCUUGGCUACAGUGAGGGCAGCCAAACCCGAAGAGCACCUCCUGUCUGGAAAGCUGAGUGAGUAUGCUGUGAUUGUGCCCUUCAGUACGGACUGCCAGGGACGGUUCCUCUCGCACAUGGUAUCUAGCUCAGUGGUGGCAGGCAGUGGAGAAGCCAGCACUCCUUCCACCCCACCCUCUCCUCGGCACAGAGUGGCCCGCAGCACUCUGGAUGAGCCACUGCACCACGACAGAGCUGGAAAUCACUUGUUCUACUUCAAUGUCACAGUCUUUGGGAAGGAACUGCAUCUCCGACUGAAGCCCAACCGUCGACUUAUGCCACCUGGAGCCUCUGCUGAAUGGCAGGAAGAUUUUCAAGAGCUAUUCCGAGAGCCCCUCCAGCAGGAGUGUGUCUUUACCGGGGACAUCUCAGACAUGCCAGGUGCCACUGUGGCCAUCAGCAAUUGUGAUGGACUGGCUGGCCUGAUUCGGACGGACAGUAGUGAGUUUUUCAUUGAGCCUCUGGAGAAGGGGCAGCAGGAGAAGGAAAAGAACGGGAGGGCACAUGUGGUCUACCGCAGAUCUGCUGUCAGACAGGAAAGAGCAGAAUCACAGAAGGAUCUUCAUAAUGAAGCUCCAAUCCUCAGUGUGGGUGAGCUCCCAAAUUCACUGGACCUGAUUGAAGACCGGCAUGCCAAGAAGAAUGACUACAAUAUUGAAGUCUUGCUGGCAGUGGACGAUUCAGUUGUGCGUUUCCAUGGGAAGGAACACGUCCAGAAUUAUGUCCUCACGCUCAUGAACAUAGUGGAUGAAAUUUAUCAUGAUGAGUCCCUAGGGGUUCACAUUAACAUUGUCUUGGUCAGAAUGAUCAUGGUGGGAUACAGACAGUCAGUCAGCCUGAUAGAGCGGGGGAACCCGUCUCGCAGCUUGGAGCAGGUCUGCCGCUGGGCCCAUUCUCAGCAGCGCUCAAACCCAGACCAUGCUGAAUACCAUGACCAUGCUGUAUUCCUCACCAGGCAAGAUUUUGGUCCUGCAGGUAUGCAAGGGUAUGCUCCUGUCACGGGUAUGUGCCACCCACUACGCAGUUGCACUCUCAACCAUGAGGAUGGUUUCUCCUCAGCAUUCGUGGUUGCCCACGAGACCGGCCAUGUGUUAGGUAUGGAACAUGAUGGCCAGGGGAACCGGUGUGCAGAUGAGACCAGCAUGGGAAGCAUUAUGGCACCGCUGGUGCAAGCUGCAUUCCACCGUUACCAUUGGUCCCGAUGCAGCAAGCAGGAGUUGAACCGAUACAUACAUUCCUAUGACUGCCUCCUAGAUGAUCCCUUUGAGCAUGAAUGGCCCAAAUUACCAGAGCUCCCAGGAAUCAAUUACUCUAUGGAUGAACAAUGCCGCUUUGACUUCGGCGUGGGUUACAAAACAUGCACAGCGUUCAGAACCUUUGACCCUUGCAAGCAGCUGUGGUGCAGCCAUCCAGACAAUCCUUACUUCUGCAAAACCAAGAAAGGGCCCCCCUUGGAUGGGACUGAAUGUUCAUCAGGCAAGUGGUGUUUCAAGGGUCACUGCAUCUGGAAGACUUCAGAGCAGCCUUACAGCCAGGAUGGCAGCUGGAGUUCCUGGUCCAAAUUUGGCUCCUGCUCCAGGACAUGUGGGGGUGGGGUGCGCUCCCGCAGCAGGAACUGCAACAACCCACCUCCAGCCUAUGGUGGGCGCCAUUGUCCAGGCGCCAUCUAUGAGUACCAGGUAUGCAAUACUGAAGAGUGUCAUGGCCCCUAUGAAGAUUUCCGUGCCCAGCAGUGUUCUAAGCGGAACUCCUACUAUACCCACCAGAACUCCAAACACACCUGGCUUCCUUAUGAGCACCACGAUGAUGCUCAGAAGUGUGAGCUGAUUUGUCAGUCACAGGAAACAGGAGAUGUGGUGUUCAUGAACCAGGUGGUUCAUGAUGGUACCAGAUGCAGCUACAGAGACCAAUACAGCGUCUGUGUCCGGGGGGAUUGUGUGCAUGUUGGAUGUGACAAGGAAAUUGGCUCCUUAAAGCAGGAUGACAAGUGUGGUGUUUGUGGGGGUGACAAUUCCCACUGCCGGACGGUGAAAGGAACUUUCAUCAAGUCUCCAAAGCAGCCAGGAGCUUUGAAAAUGUUUGAGAUGCCGGCUGGGGCCAGACACAUUCAGAUAGAAGAGAUGGAGCCAGCUUCCCAUAGCAUUGCUGUAAAGAAUCAAGCUAGUGGUGACUUCAUCCUUAAUGCCAAGUCCAAGGAAGCCAAAAGCAAAACCUUCAUUGAGAUGGGCUUGGAGUGGGAAUACACCAUUGAGAAUGGCAAGGAGAGCUUGAAAACCAGUGGUCCCCUGCAUGAAGCAAUCAGUGUGCUGGUUAUUCCACAGGAAGAUGAGUCCAAGAGCAGCCUGAUGUAUAAGUACAUUAUCCAUGAAGACCUGCUGCCAGUGAUUGGAAACAAUAAUGUUCUUCUUGAAGAGAUGGAUUCUUAUGAAUGGGCCCUCAAGAGCUGGUCUCAGUGCUCAAAGGCAUGCGGAGGAGGUAUCCAGUACACCAAGUAUGGCUGUCGGAGGAAAAGCGAUAACCGGAUGGUGCAUCGAAACUUCUGUGAUAAUGGCAAGAAACCAAAGCCAAUCCGGAGGCGAUGUAACCCUCAGGAGUGCUCCCAGCCAGUCUGGAUGGCAGAGGAAUGGGGAGCCUGCAGCAAGUCCUGUGGCAAGCUAGGAGUUCAGCUAAGGGUGGUGCAGUGUGUCCAUCACCUUGUAAAUGGCACAAACCGGACGGUGCACACCAAAUACUGCACAGGAGAUCGCCCGGACACACGCAGGGCCUGUAGCCGAUUGCCCUGUCCAGCCCAGUGGAGGAUGGGGGCCUGGUCUCAGUGCUCAGUCAGCUGUGGAGAAGGCAUGCAGCAGCGCCAGGUGGUGUGCAAGGCCAGUGACAAUAGCAUCGGGCAAUGUGAGGACGAGAAACCUGAGACUGUCCAAGUCUGCAAAAUGGCAGUGUGCCCAGGAAAGCUACCGAAUAUUGCAGCAAAUGCAGACACCAGUGAUCAUGUGACUCCGAAAGUACAGUGGGUGCCCCAGGAUGGGCCCAAGAAUCCUGUAAACAAGAUAUCUUCAAAAGAGCCUUGCCUUGGGGACAAGUCCAUAUUCUGCCAGAUGGAAGUUCUGGCUCGCUACUGCUCCAUCCCUGGCUACAACAAACUCUGCUGUGAGUCCUGUGGCAAAAAAGUCUCCACCCCCAGUGUGCCACCUACUGUAGACCACGAUGCUUCAGAGACUGGAACUCCCAAGGGUGCUCUCUCUCCCAGCCUGGUUACACCAAUGCCCUUUCAUCCCACUGCCCAGCACCGCCUGCAUAGGACACAAAGCACAGCUGCCAAAGAGACAGAUGGGUCCCAGGCUGCUCAUGUCCAGCAGUCCAGCACAGAAGGUUCAGCUGCCCAUGGAACCUCUUGGGCUAAAGCUGCCACCCCAUCGCGGGGCAUUUCAAUUGAUGAUACUUCCCAAGUUGACUCCUCAAGACUACUACCUCCUAGCCGGAAGGCUGCAGCAGGGCAGAGUCCUGGGAAACUUUGGGGCAGCACUGCCUUUCAGUGGUUCCCUCCUGCCUUGAACAAACCUUCUGCUGGUGCACACAGUGAAAGUGAUUCUUCUGUCCCAUCCCAGGGCAUAGCACGACACCGAAGGCUCAGUACAGGAUCCGAACAGCUGGGGAACAGUCUCAGGGCCUCCUCCCCUGUUGUGACAUGAAACAUUUCCCCAACAUCUCUCUUGGCGAUGGUUUACAUGGGCAGAGCAGCCAUGUUUCUGAGCGACUUCCAGAAACGACUGAGACACAUAUUUAAAAACCAAACAGAAGGCUUCCGAAAAUAUGGCUUUGUUUUUAUGAAUUUUCAGCCGUGGCACUUUUAAAUUCUUUAUUGGAAUAACAAAAAAUAAAUCAGCUCAAAGAAUCAAACAAAAGGACAGGACAGCAGUGGCCACUGGGUUGCUAAUGAACCACAGACAGUGGCUGAGCGGGCAUAGCUUGUGUAGCCCACACCUGGUUACCUCAGAGACUGGCUUGAAUCCAGGAGGCAUUUCCUUCCAAGGUGCUACAAAGAGAUAUUUCGAGCAAUAAAACAAAAUGCAACAGAAACAACCUUUGCCCCUUCUCAGCCCAGUCCGCACUCAUCUGCUGCUGUUAUCCAUGUGGCAUGGACCAUAGUGGACUCUGAAAUCCUCUUGGAAAUGGUGCUGCAAAUAGAUUUUCUAUUCUUAACCUCAAUGAGGCGUAGAGCAGGGGACAGGGGAACAGCAGGCCAGAUGGACUUGUACUCCAUACUCGUGGAUGGGGAGAUCCUGUUUCAAAAGCAGGGUUGGGGAGGAGCUGUCAGCAUCCUGGCCCAGCUGGGAGAGGGGUGGGACAAUGCAGGGGUGUUUGGUUUCUUUGGGAGGAGGAGCGUGGUCAUUGGAGCACUGUGCUCACAACCUGUCUCCAGCUGGGUAGGGUGUCCUUUCAAGGCUGGCAGCCUGUGUUUGUGUAUGGAAGCCCUACACAGUGAGGCAAUAGCAAGGCCAGUCUCCAAAGAAAGGCAGAAAUGGAGGAAGAAGGAUGGAGUGAACUGCAGCGAAAAUCAGGGAAUUCAAUACAUAAAUAUGUUACAGAUUCCUCUGUUUGGGAAAGAGGAGAGCAGCCCCUGUGCAGAGCAGCUUGGCUAGUGACUUGUGACUCCUGCAAUGCACUUCUCUUCAUUUGGCUGUGGGGGGGGUGUGUGCUCAUCCUCAAACACUGUCUGGAACGGGGCUGUUUUGAUUCUUGCUGAGACCCCCUGGGUAGGGAGGGGCUAAGAGCCCAGGCUCAAGCCCACCCCACCCCCAAACAUCUUCACUGCAAUCAAAUAGCUUGUGGCCUGAGCCCCUUGAGCCCAAGGCAACUUACACAGGCCAGCCCUGAGUGUUUACAUUUGGCGUGGACUUACCCAUGUGACACUGUUCCUGCUCCCCCAGAAAUCAGUGGCAAAAAUCCCAUGAGCAGGCAAGGUGCUGAACAGCUCCUGAGUGGGCUGACUUCAGUGGCAGGUGAAGAUUGGAGCUGGUGUUUGUGCUUUGCAGGAGCCAGGCCUAAUCUGGACAUGAUGGACCCAAAUUAGACAAAAUAACAGUUGGGGAAAGGCAGGGGAGGGAUCACUGCCAAAGAGAAUAAAGUAGGCAAGAUGGCUGGAACAGGAGGGUCUAAGGGAGAGGCCAUGCGUGGCAGAUGGAUGUUGAGACAUGAGUUCAGCUGCAAAUCAUUUCUCAAAAAUACAUUUUUCUGAAGUUGAUGCUUUCAGUGGGCUUGCUUUUUGUCCCACUGAGCUCAGUGGCGCAAUUCCCUGCCGUGUUCAGAGGG